UUAAGCGUUCGCUUAUUACAGAUUUCAUUACACCUACUACUUUUGCACCUACUACUUUUGAAGAUGGAAGCUGCCUGGGAAGAUCUCAGGAGACGAGUUGCUGCGUUCACGGAAGAGUUUGGGAGGAGCGUGGUUUUAAGCUCUAGCCUAGGGCAUGUUGGAACUUGCUAUACGUCAAGCACACUGAGAGCCAGCGUGGACGAUUCCCUCAGAAGAAGUGAUAAUGACAUCAGACAUAGGAGAGAUGUUCGUCUAGGCCAGGACCCAGAGGCAAUACCAAUGAGACAGCUUAGGGUCAAGAUCUCCAGUCUGAUUGGAGGGACACGUGUGUAUAAAGCCAUCACUUUUUUUCUUACUCGUAAAACCAGAUUCUUACCAUGUUUCAUUAAGGUCAAAAUCUUGAUACAGUUAAUGUUUAAAGCUUAAAGGUCACCAGGUUCGCCAUUUUGAAGCAAGUACAGAAUGCCCUAACCUGUAUUCGGACCUGAGACCUAAAAGGUAGACAAAACGAAUAUAUUGGAGAGAAUUUGUCUUAACAUGUUUGUAUAAAUAUUUGUAUGUAGAAACGCUUUGUGUUUUCUUAU